UGUCAGCUAGGUCCGCCUUAACGUCGGAGUCUACGCAUCGGGAGUGCAUUCGACAUUCGGGCCGCGAGUUUUAAUAUCCAUUAUAUAAUGAGCGUCGGCAAUCGGCCGUCGCCGCCGCCGGUUGCUUUCACUCGCGGAGCUAUUAAUUACGAACAUGAUUGUGUUAGUUCGCUUCUAUUUACUCAACUGUUUCGACUGCUAAAAGAUAAAGAAAAGUAAAGCGCUACAUAGCACUCCUAUCUUAUCGGAACCACUCUAUUGAUCACUCAUCAUUAUAUCGCGAACGGCCUUAUACGGACGACCGGACCACCUUUAUUGUCCAAUUUAACGUGUAGACGUGUACGCUUUUAUAGGCGCGAUGUUACCGGUGAAGUCAUAAUGUGUGCCGUAUAAAAAUAGAAAUACAGUGUUUGCAGGAAAAUAGUAUCAAUAACAAAAGUGUUGUGGUUUGUUAUCGAACGGAAAUGGCGGCCAAAUCGCCUACAACGAGCGUGAAGUCGCGGGAGAUCAUCGGCGGCGACCAGUUCAGUCAGCGACGCGAGGUUUUCGACAAGCACGACACCGUGUUUGUACCGCUGCCUUCGCCCACCGCCGUCACGCCGACUUACAGGCAGGUGGAGCCCAUCAUCACGACCAACCACGGAAUAACCACUUCAAAUUUUAAGCGCAACACUCCCGGCUACUCCAGUAUGCGGGAGACGAGAAGCGAAGACCGAAACUACGAUUUCCGACCGCGAAAAUACUCCGACAACUUCACGUCCGAACUGAACCAAAGCGACGAUGUAGACUAUAGAUACAGCAUGGCCGAGAGAAACAGACGGCUGUCUAAGCUGCGACGGGAUUUCUUAAAAUCCAAUCUACACGAACCUGGAGAGGGAACGUUCACACGGAGUGGCGUUCGCGCCUCGCUGCCCACUACUAAUACAGUGUCCGCGAUAAAAUAUAAAAUUGAAAAUAUAAAUAUUUACAAAUUUCCAUUCGCCGAGCCGUACUCGACGCCGACGCCAACUCGGCGUGUUGUUGUAGAUCUUGGAUCGCCGAAUGGAGAUGACGCUAAUAAGGAAAACAACCCGACUCCAGACGUACCAAAGCAUCAGAGUUUGCCGAAUGAAUCGCCCGGAUCCCCGAAAUUUGAUCAUCAAAAGCUAUAUGAAGAACUACUUAAACGUUAUUCACCAACGCGUAAACCUGUUAACUGGACUCUACCACCGACAAGACCAAAAGUGGUCGGUUCAGUUCCCAAAUCUACAUCCAGCGCAGCCGAUAGCAUCGACAGCACUGAUAGAAAAGAUCCCGAAACGCCUAAUGGUGAUGCGGAUGAAGUUUUCGAGAAAAAAGAACAAGACAUCAAAGGAAACAUACAGGAAUCUAAAACUAAUGAAAAUGUAGAGCAAAGCAGAGUAGAAGAUAUUAAACCCAAUAUCGAAAUUCUACAUAACGGUCCGGAAGUUAGUGAAAAUGAAUAUGAACCUGACAAAAAAGAAAAUGCUAAUAACAAAGCCAAUGAUUCCAAAGUUUCCCUAUCUGAAUUAGAGGAGAACGACGUUGUGCCAGAGCUGUCGGCGUUCAAAAGACAACUUAGCAGAGAAUCAGCAAAGAAGAUCCCAAUAGAUAAGAUCACAGAUUUAACCAUUCCAGCAUUGUUAGAGAAAAUGACAGAAGAGAGUGAAAAAUCACAAAACCAUACAAACAAUGGGAAAAAGGUGAAAAGAAAGCGAAGUUUCCUGGAUAAACUUUUAGGACGUAACAAAGGAGUAAAAAUUGAGAAAACAUCCGAAUAACAACAAUAUUGGAUUACAGCCCUGCCAAAGAUUAUAUCAAGUUUGGAAGAACAAUGCAAAGGAAGAUCGUAAAGUCGGUUUUUUAUGUCUAUAAUAAACAAUCAUUGAAAGAAAAUAAUAUCCAUGGAUGUAAAUAUUAAAAAAGGUUAAUUAUAAUAAUUGUAUAAAAGUGUUUGCUAGCGGUUACAUAAGCGACAAUAUUUUUUUAUCAAUAAAUG